UACCCCAUGCAAAGUCUGCAUGCAGGCGGGGUAGUGUUCCGCUCGGGCACAACUGGUCGAGAGCUGGGCCGCUCUCCUGAUGAGCCCAUGGCAGGGCAAAACCAGUUCGGUACGAUAUGGCAAGGCUUGCCUCGGAGCCAAGCGGGAGGGCUCUCGGGGCGCCGCACAAGCGCAGUGCUGCGCGAGACUCUAUGCCCGUGACAUAUAGCUGUCAUUGUAGUGCUUGCUAUGAAACCAAGUUCAGCUAUUUUGAGUGUGAGUGUGAAGAUUGCAACUUCUGUUUAGACUUGAAAUGUGCUACUCUACCAAUCUCAGUUAGACACAGAUUUGAUGAGAAGCAUCCUCUUAAGCUUACAUAUGAUUUUGUUAGCGACAGGUCGUUUGACCAUUACUGUGAGGUAUGCGAGAUGAGAAUAGACCCUGGGACUUAUGUCUUCAACUAUGCACCCUGGUUUUAUGGGUGUAAAGAAUGUGACAUUUCUAUUCACCCUGAAUGUGUUCUUGGAAGGUACCCAUAUAUCAAGUUUGACAGAAGUAGUGCUUAUUCACUUAGUGGAAUCCAUUCACAUGGUCUCACUUUAGUCCAGAAACCUUUUCUCAUACUUUAG